AUGGUGAUGGGAGUCAUGGCCAGUCGCAGCUCGCAGGUUGACGUUGUAGAUACCGAUUUGGGUGUCAUGAGCGGCGUCGCGGAGAGUAUUGAGACCGACGUGCCAGCGCUACCGGGAUUAAACCCUGAUCAGCCGGUGGAAGAUGGCUUCGCGACCACUUCGAUCGACGCGCUAAUGAAUUGGGCACGAACUGGUUCGAUGUGGCCGGUCACUUUUGGUCUGGCUUGCUGUGCGGUCGAGAUGAUGCACGCCGGUGCAGCGCGCUACGACCUGGACCGUUUUGGGGUGAUUUUUCGCCCAAGCCCGCGACAGUCUGACGUCAUGAUUGUGGCCGGAACGUUGGUCAAUAAAAUGGCCCCUGCGCUGCGCAAGGUGUAUGACCAAAUGGCUGAUCCCAAAUGGGUUAUUUCUAUGGGAUCGUGCGCCAACGGUGGUGGUUAUUACCACUACUCAUAUUCUGUGGUUAGAGGCUGCGAUCGAAUUAUUCCGGUGGAUGUUUAUGUGCCGGGCUGCCCGCCGACCGCAGAGGCGCUGGUUUACGGAAUUCUCCAGCUGCAAAACAAGAUCCGCAGAACCAGCACGAUUGCGCGCUAA